GAAUGAUUCACGCCGCAACUUGCACUGCGCUGAUCCCGCAUGCGAACUCUAGAUCUUCUGCCACGUUCAGCGAGGGCUCAUCUUUUGAGCUGAGAACCAGCAGUCGCGCCGAUGCCUGACCCUCCGUGUACCGCAUCCCCACGCCGUUCCCUGCGGUGAUAGAGAAGGCAACAUGGCUGCAGCCACGCAGGUCCAGGAUAUGACCCUAGGGAAAGAGCAAGUGAUAAAUGACGUUCCGAAGGUGAUCAAAGAACUUCAGUUUGGCGUCUUGUACGGUUGAACUCGGUGGUACUUGAGGAACGAUUCUGAUGUCUCUAGGUCGGAUCAAGACAUAAUCAAUCAGUCUGCCGUUGAACUUGUCGACCGCCGCUUAUUCGAUCUCGACAAGACACGCUCAGAUGGAACUCGUGCUAUUGCUGAAUAUGGGCCCCUUGAUAGGCGCAUGGGCGUUUCGUCUAAGCAGAACGCAUGCGAAACCUGCGGGAAACAUCUGCAAGAGUGCAACGGCCACUUUGGACAUGUCCGACUGGUCCUUCCUGUCUAUCACGUUGGAUACUUUAGAAAAGUGAUCCAGAUUCUACAGAGUAUUUGCAAGGACUGUUCCUGCAUUCUUCUCUCCGAAGCCGACCGCCGAAAAUUCCUGAGCGCAAUCCGCAGAUCGCAAAAUGAUACCCUGAAACAGACUUCUAUUGUCAGACGGGUUGCGGAUCAGUGCAAAAAGACGAAAGUAUGCUUCGAAUGCGGCGCUAUCAAUGGCUUGGUUCGAAAAGCCACAACACAUUCUCUCAAGAUCACCCACGACAAGUUCAAGUCCUACAAUGCCUCUACCUCAGCGAAAAAGGUACCGCCGCCCGAAAAGGUAGCGUUCGACAAAUCUUUCGAGAGUGCAAAGCUUGCCAACUCGGAACUUGAGAAGCAUCUCAAGAAGGCAAUGGACGAUCUGACCCCUCUUCGAGCCCUGCGCCUGUUCAAACGAAUCCGCCGUGCCGAUCGUGAACUGCUCGGGCUGUUCGCUGCGAAACCAGAAUCUUUCCUCUGGACAUACGUCCCUGCUCCUCCUGCGUGUAUCCGACCGUCGGUGGGACAAGAGGCCUCAAGCACAGAAGACGACAUCACCGCUAAGCUUGGGGACAUUGUCGCUGCAAAUGAUGCACUGCGCGAAACUCUGGAGAAGGGUUUGCCAACCUCGCAAAUCAUGGAACACUGGGAUUAUUUGUCUCUGCAACUGGCGAUGUACAUCAACAGUGACGUACCAGGUCUAGCCAAAGGCGAAUUUGGCAAACAGAUCAGAGGUUUCGUCCAACGUCUCAAAGGCAAGCAAGGACGCUUUCGAGGUAACCUUUCAGGCAAACGUGUCGAUUUCUCGGCGCGGACUGUCAUCUCCCCGGACCCUAACCUGCGCAUUGAUGAAGUCGCAGUCCCCAUACUCGUGGCAAAGAACAUGACGUACCCGGAAGUGGUCAACGAGCUCAACAUUGAAAAACUACGACAACGAGUACGUAAUGGGCCUGAUGUUUGGCCAGGGGCAAACCAUGUGAUUAAGAAAGAAGGGUUCAAAAACUCUCUAAAAUACAACAAUCAGCUCACUGCGAGUCAUCUGAAGGAAGGAGACAUCGUUGAGCGCCACCUCGAAGAUGGAGAUGUGGUUUUGUUCAACCGCCAGCCGUCCCUGCACAAACUCAGUAUCCUUAGCCAUUUCGUCAAAGUUCGGCCACAUCGGACGUUUCGAUUGAACGAAUGCGUCUGCAACCCCUACAACGCCGACUUUGACGGGGAUGAAAUGAAUCUCCACGUCCCCCAGACAGAAGAAGCUCGGACGGAGGCAAUGCUCUUGAUGGGCGUCAAGCAUAACAUCGUGACACCCAAAAAUGGCGAACCUAUUAUUUCGGCAAUUCAGGACUUUAUCACCGCGUCGUUCCUCUUGAGCAGCCUGGACCAGUUCUUCGACAAGAAAACAUUCGUGACAAUGUGCUGUGGGAUGCUGGAGCCCGACACACAGUUCGACCUUCCCCCACCCGCAAUUAUCAAGCCUCAGACACUCUGGACAGGCAAGCAGGUUUUUAGCGUCUUGAUACGGCCGAACAAGGAGUCGAACGUGACAGUCAAUCUUGAUGCCGCUUGCCGAGACCACAAUCAAUACCACCCUGGCCUACAUCGAGACCUUCAGGAUGAUAGUUUCUUAUGCAUCCGUAAUUCAGAGGUGCUUUGCGGUAGGAUGGACAAGGCAACGGUAGGAUCUGGAAAGAAAAACUCGAUCUUCUACAUUCUCUACCGCGACUUCGGGCCCGAUGCAGCCGCUCAGGGGAUGAAUCGCUUGUCGAAACUCUGCGCAAGAUGGCUCGGCAACCAAGGCUUCACUGUUGGCAUCAGUGAUGUCACGCCGCCCGAAAAGCUCGUCAAGGAGAAGGCUGAAAUGAUAGCCAAGGUAUUCGACGAGUGUAGCUCCUUUGUCCGCGCUUCAAAGGCAGGUAAGCUGAAACGAAAAGCCGGUUUGGACGACGCAGGGACCCUCGAAGCAGAGCAGAUCCGAGUGUUGAGUACGGUCCGAACCAACAUUGCAGGAAUUCUGACCUCUCAACUCAGCAAGAACAACACACCAAUGGUCAUGGCUGUCUCUGGCUCCAAGGGUUCGAACAUCAAUGUGGCUCAAAUGGCAGCUCUUCUAGGACAACAAGAUAUUGAAGGAAAGCGUGUUGCCGAUGGCUUCCAGGACCGUACAUUACCGCAUUUCCUGAAGCAUGAACGAUCGCCUCCAUCGAAAGGCUUUGUUUCGAACAGCUUUUUCAGUGGACUUUUGCCAUACGAGUUCUUGUUCCACGCAGUGGGUGGUCGAGUUGGGCUUGUGGACACUGCGGUCAAGACAGCAGAAACCGGUUACAUGUCCAGGCGACUGAUGAAGUCUCUCGAAGAUCUCUCUACCAACUACGACCGCACGGUCCGCAACUCCGCUUCCAACAUUGUACAGUUUCGUUUCGGAGAUGAUGAUCUCGAUCCCGUCGAUAUGGAGGCAAGUGCUAAACCAGUCGACUUCGAACGCACCUACGCUCAUGUCGAGGCGACCACGUUUGAUAUCAAGGACCAAGGCCUGAAGGAUACCGAGAUAUUUGGUGUCAUGGAAGAGAUCCUCUCGACAAAGAGAGGUCUUCUGAAAAGGGUCGGCCUCAAUAGUGUUGAACUUCACUAUGACACUGAUGACGACAGGUUGGUUGACCAAAAUGAGAGCAACCGAGCAUUCCUGCAGUCAAUACAUGACUUUAUUAUGGCAAAGUGCCACACCUUCAAUGAGGCAAGGGCGAAGAAAAAUCAGUUUGCUUUGCCACCCUCUGGAUCGAGCUUUAAGGGAAAGCGAAAAGCUGAAGCUGAGCUAGACGAUGUGGGAGAGGGGACACCUGCGCAGAAACGACGUUCGGGCAGAAAAGGCGCAAUUCCUACCACAUGGAAAGUUUCGAAGAACCAACAGUCCGUCCCAAUGGACGAUCGCGUACGGAGGAAGCCGCCUCCAUCCACGAAAGACCGCUUUGAACUCACGUCCAAACUCUCCGAGAAAACGCUACAAGCUUUUGUGAACCUCUGCUUGGAGAAAUAUGAGCGCGCGCGUGUGGAACCCGGGCAUGCGGUCGGAGCUGUCGGUGCACAGUCCAUAGGAGAACCUGGAACCCAAAUGACGCUGAAAACCUUUCACUUUGCCGGUGUCGCUGGUAUGAGUUUGACAGCGGGUGUUCCUCGAAUCAAGGAAAUCAUCAACGCCUCAAGGGAGAUCAGUACGCCCGUCAUCACUUGCCGGUUGGAGCGCAGACGAGAUCUGUCGAUACCUGAAGGCCUUGCCCGUAUCGUCAAAGGUCGAAUUGAAAGCCUCUUUCUGGCAGACGUGACAUCUCUCAUCAAAAUCCGCCACUUUGUGGAUACACCAAGUUGCAUCGACCUCGAGGUCUCACUGGACACGAUUACCGAGCUCGGUCUGGAUCUCACAGUGGAGGACCUUGUAAUUGCCAUCCAGAAACAUCGACAGCUCAAAUCUGCCAAGUUAAGGAUCGAGUUUCUCCGCAAAGAUAAGCUCAGACUCUUUACGGAAUCUGCAAUCAAAUCGGCAAAGAGAGGGUCCGCGGCGAAGGCUGAUGAAGAAGGUCAGAGUGAACGUCUCAUUCGCCUUGAGACUCUGCGUCGCAUCUUGCCGAACGUGCACGUCCUUGGCCAUCCUCAGGCAACCCGGGCAGUGGUCAUGGCAGAAGACGAUCCAAGGUCAGAUGAAAUCAAGGCCAUGCGUAGAGCUUUGGCACAAGGGAUGAAAACCGAGCAGGCGUAUUCUAGCACCGACGCUGGAGUCAAAAAUGAGGCCGCCGGCGAAACAGCCACUGUUUCGUCUAAACCGUCCUCCUCGAAAGUCAAACUCGAAGAGCCAUCACCAUCCAGUUCCCCCCAGUCCGUGCCGCAGAAGGACACCGCGCCUGUCCAGAUGCACAAAGUUAUGGUCGAAGGCUACGGCCUCCGCUACUGCAUGAAUACCGAAGGUGUCGACCCGUAUCAUACCGAAACAAACUCUGUGAUGGAAACUCUUCAGGUCCUCGGCAUUGAAGCCGCACGCUCCAAAAUCAUCACCGAGAUUCAGGAAGUCACUAAGGGUCUGUCAAUCGAUCCGCGGCAUAUGUAUCUGUUGGCCGACGUGAUGACCUACAAAGGCGAGGUUCUGGGCAUUACACGUUUCGGGCUUGCCAAAAUGCGAGACUCGGUGUUACAGUUGGCCAGUUUCGAAAAGACGGCAGACCACGUCUUUGAUGCCGGUGCGGCGGGCAAGGUCGACCGGAUCGAGGGCGUUAGCGAGAGUGUGAUUGUAGGCAAGACCAUGGGCGUGGGCACCGGCAGCGUCGAGGUGGUAAGAUAUUUGAACCUUGGUGCCGACGCCGCAAGUAAGACGGGAGCGUUGAAGAAGAAAGAGUGCAUUUUUGAGGAGAGCUGGGAGAGGGCAGCCAGACAGGAGAGGAAGAGGAAGUGAGUGUAGGAUUACAGUCCCGUGUCAGCGUCGCUUUUGAGGCGAAAAGAUAAUGCUUGUCGACUUACGAGCCAUAUGCACUGGGAGAGCAACACAGACGUCUGCCGGAUACCUUUGGAGGCUUGUAAUAUGAACGCACUAUGGCGAAACACCGCAAGGAUGAUAGAUAUCUCUCGUGGAAAAAUCAAACGAGCAUAGAGCAUAACGCAAUCCACGG